GUUCAUAUGCGCAAGCAAAAAACCUCAACCCCUCCACGAUACCAAAACAUCCCACCGUGACUUCAACCACUUCCGCAUACAGCGCCCCAGACCUUCUACAAACCAAAACACCCCAUCCGAACCAACCCACAAAAUGGGAGGCGCAGACAGAGCCGGUUAGCGGAUGAUUUCCCGCUGCGUUUCUGCGUUUCUGCUUUUCACUAAUCCGACGAAUAGGUGGCAAGGCAAAGCCCUUGAAGCAGCCAAAGAAGGCACCAAAAGGAGAGAUGGACGAAGAAGACAAGGCUUUCGCCGAGAAGCAAAGAGCUGGUGACUAGCAACAUUCCAUAUGUUAUUGCACUUUUGCUAACCACAACCAAAGACGCAAAGGCAAAGGCCGAAAUGGCUGCGAAAGCGAAAGGCUCGAAAGGUCCACUCAACACCGGCUCCCAGGGUAUCAAGAAGAGCGGCAAAAAAUGA